AUGUCGCGGCCUGAGCCUGACGUGACGGUGCCCGCUGGCGACCCUAAGGCUGGCGCGAAGGUGUUUAAGGCGAAGUGCGCCCAAUGCCACACCGUUAAUAAAGGUGGGGCUGCAAAGCAGGGCCCGAAUUUGUUUGGUUUCCUCGGGCGGGCCUCGGGUUCAGCAGACUUCCCUUACAGCGAGGCGAAUAAGAACAGCGGCAUUGUUUGGAGCGAGAAGCACCUGUGGGAGUAUCUUAUAAACCCCAAGGCAUACAUACCGGGCACUAAGAUGGUGUUUGCGGGAAUAAAGAAAGAAACAGAACGUGCAAACCUCAUCGCGUACCUCGCAGAAGUCACCAAACCCUAA